AUGCAUGGGCAAUCUGAGACAGACGGCAUCGCAUCCUCGGACAGUGCAGAACAUCCGACAAUCAUGACCGACCCAAAACCAGAGGUUGAUAAUGAUAAUCACUCUCUAUCGGGUGCCUCCAGCAAUACCGCCGAUGAGGAAAAUGACCCGGAGAAUCCUCCACGCCUAGAACGCCAACUGACGGAGCUUGGUCCUCCCAUCAAGGUCGCCCGACUCAAGCGCAGAGGCUUGUUCGGGCAGCUGGCAUUGGUGGCAGAGGUUGAAGAUCCGAAAACAUAUACUCGCAGAAUGAAAUGGUUCAUCACGUUUGUCGUCGCUCUUGCCGGAGCCACAGCACCAAUGGGCAGCGCGAUCUUUCUCCCUUCACUAUCACAAGUAACUAAGGAGUUGAAUACGACAACCACCAUCACUAACCUGUCGAUCGCGUUGUAUAUGCUGGCCAUGUCGAUAUUCCCAUUGUGGUGGUCAUCAUUCAGCGAGCGACUUGGGCGACGGACCAUCUAUCUGACUUCUUUUGCUCUCUUUGUGGUCUUCAACUGCCUUUGUGCCAUCUCGGAUUCUAUCGCAAUGCUGGUUGUAAUGCGAAUGUUGAGUGGUGGCGCCUCUGCUUCUGUCCAGGCGGUUGGUGCUGGCACCAUCGCCGAUCUCUGGGAAUCUAGGGAGCGAGGAAGGGCUAUGGGUAUCUUCUACCUAGGUCCGCUAUGUGGACCCCUGUUUGCACCCAUUAUCGGCGGUGUUCUAGCUCAGCGAUGGGGAUGGCGGAGUACCAUGUGGUUCCUCUCGGCAUUUGGUGCUCUCACUCUCAUCUUUAUCUUAUUCGCCCUUCCCGAGACGUUGACCGUGCAAAAGCCUGUUUUGGCUGAACUUGAGGACGAAGAUCCAGCUAUCAGUCGUCCGUUGAGUCGAGUCUCCUCGCAGCAGGUUGUUCGGUCCACCACAAGGUGGCUCAAGACGAUGAAGAUGGUCCUCAUUGAUCCGCUCAAAAUCAUUCUCUACCUCCGGUUCUUGCCCGUCCUUCUCACCGUGUAUUAUGCUAGUGUCGCCUUCGGUUCUCUCUACGUCCUCAAUAUCAGUGUCGAGCAUACCUUCGCAGAGGCGCCAUACAACUUCUCCACCAUCAUCGUUGGUUUGUUGUACAUUCCAAACUCGCUGGGCUACAUGGUGACCAGUAUAUUUGGAGGCAAAUGGAUGGACAGCAUCAUGCAACGGGAGGCGAAGAAAGCAAAUCGAUACGACGAGAAAGGCAGACUGGAAUUACGCCCGGAGGACCGAAUGCGUGAGAAUGCAUGGCUUGGCGCCUUCUUGUACCCGGCAGCCCUGAUCUGGUAUGGUUGGACGGCGGAUAAGGGGGUUUUCUGGCUUGUCCCGAUGAUUGCCAACUUCUUCUUUGGUAUGGGCUCCAUGCUCAUUUUCAGUAUGGUAACCACCAUGCUCACCGAAUUCAUGCCGAAAAAGUCCUCGGAGGGUGUAGCACUCAACAACUUCAUGCGAAACAUCUUCUCCUGCGUCGGUUCCGUCGUCACUGCCCCAAUCAUCAACGGUAUCGGCAAUGGGUGGCUCUUUACCAUCCUCGGCCUUGUCAGUUUCGCAAGUAGCUCCGUCAUCUUCCUGAUGAGAGUCAACGGUCCCAAGUGGAGAAAGACUUUGGAUGCAGACAUGCGGGCAUGA